AAUUCAUUCGACUUCGCCCUUUGAAUUCCUUUGAAUUAAUUUUUUUACUCACGAGGAGUGAAACUUACAUUUUACUAAAAAAUAUUGGAGAUUAAUAGAGAUUUAUUGUUUUUACCACCAGUUUAAUAUAAUGUCUUAUGCUGAACGUUCUACUUGGCCAGAAAAUGUUGGUAUUUUAGCGAUAGAAGUGUAUUUUCCAUCGACGUACGUAGACCAAGGCAAACUUGAAGAAUAUGAUGGUGUCAGCAAAGGCAAGUACACUAUUGGUCUUGGACAGACCGGGAUGGGGUUUUGUGGAGAUCGCGAGGACACGAAUUCUCUCAGUUUAACCGUUGUACAAAACGUACUGGAGAAGAACUCAAUUGAUCCAAAUCAGAUUGGAAGACUAGAAGUGGGCACUGAAUCUAUAUUGGAUAAAUCAAAGUCAGUGAAAACUGUGCUGAUGCAAUUGUUUGAACAGAGUGGGAAUUUUAAUAUUGAAGGAGUGGAUACUAUCAAUGCAUGUUUUGGAGGAACACAAGCAUUAUUUAAUUCUGUGGCUUGGAUAGAAAGCAGUGCUUGGGAUGGUAAGAUAUACAAACUAAAGGCGCUAUUUAUAUGAUCUCGGAUACUAGGGACACUCUGAGCCUUGCAUUCCUUCCUGAGGAUAGCAGGGUCGGGGAACGAGAUUGGGGAAUCAGGGAAUAAAAAGUUAUUCAUGAAGGCUGAGACAAACUGUUAACAUGGACAAAUGUUGUCCCUCUUACAAGGGUAACCCUGGUUCAUAAACAGGGUGUCCCUACUGCAUGGGUGAUCCUACCAGCUGAGACAAGUUGAAAACUUUCCAUUAUAAACACUUGUUUUAAAUGUUAUAGAAUGAAUAUUAGAAUGAAUAUUAUUUUGCCUCUCCCAGGGUAGCUGGGGGGCUAGGGUGGCCCCCAAAUGCUGGGGCGGAUGAAUUAGGAAGAUGUUUCAUUUUAUCAAAUUAGGGAUUGUACUACACUAAUUUAUGUUGCCUAAUAGCCUUCAGUUGUUGAGUCAUUGACCACUUGACUAGUAAUCACUACAGUGUCAUUUUACUCAAAUAGACAUAUAUCAAUAUUAUAAAAGUCUUACAUUAAAAUUCGUUUAUAUAAAACCUGACCUUUACUGUAUAUCCUACAUAUACUGCAUUUAUAUCGGUUAUCCUAGAUAUUAAUAGCCUUCUGAGUUCUGGUGGUCUUUCAACCACAAAAAUAUGCAAAUUUGUUGUGUAAAUCAAAAUUCAUAGCUAAAUCUCAAUCAAGAUACGUGUAUUUACUAUUUACAUGUGCCUGGCGCACAUCUUGUUCGCUUAUAAAUAUUGUUAUGCUGCCUAAAACAAAAUAAUAUUGACAUAUCACAUUAAAUUCACCUUUAUAUUGCACUCUUCAGAAUAAAGAUUUCGGCACCAAUACUUCUACUCAAAGUCAAACUGUAGCCCAUGCUACUCAUUAUGCCUAGCAACUGCUCAACCAAACUCUCUGAUAUAGCGUCGAUUUUCCUCUCAAGAUCAGCCCAACAGUCUUGUAAGACAGCUAAAUCAUUCACCGCAAAUGCGGAUUGAACCGUUUCGUAAAUGCUACAAGCCAAUGAGCAGCAGACAUUUCCAAAUUUUCUGUACAAAUUUUAAAUUGAAUCUUUCGACAAAGCUCCAACAUGACACUUUGAAUGAGCACAUGCUCGGAAAGGCUUUACCACACGUCAAAUAUUAAUGAUAUUCUGACUAAUGGGGCGCCCCUGACUUUUGUAAAUCUGUUAGAACUCCCCACAGAUCAGUCAAAAUCACUUGUUUCCAUGGAGAUAAGCAUCUAGACCAAUCAGAACACUGGAUUUUGACUUUUUGACUGAUCCAACCCCUAGAUCCGGCCCUGUCAAAUUCAUCCGGUUGACCGGUUCCACAUGUUCACACAGAACCAGGUUAAUUACAAAAUGAGAAAUGUGCACACAGAAUUGGAUGAAUUGCAGUCCUGGACAUCCCUUGCAAUUCCUCAUUUUCAUUAUUAGUUGCAUAGUAAUACUGUACAGUUCUUCAUGUUAGUUUAGUUAGGUAUUCUUCUCAAUCCCUCACCAUGUAAAAAUAAAAAACACUAGUUCUGCAGUUCCGGUGCCAUCUACUUUAGGAGCCAUUCCAGUACAAAACAAGACCUAAUUUAGGUUAGCAGUGCUGGAAUUUGUCCGGUUUUAUGUGUCGUGUGCACUGAUGGUCUUGUGUGAAUGCAAGGCGAAACUGGAUGAAUUUCUGAGUAUGGUUCUGAAUUCUCCAGCCCCAUGUGAACGAGGCCUAAGUAAUAUUCAAAAUUUCCAAGGGGGUCAAAAAUAGGACAAUUUCCAAGGGGAUUUCUUGGGACUUUGUCAACUGAUAUGAGCAAGGGAGUUGAGAAAAAUGUGGAGUUUCUGAGGGUGUUAUAGAAAGUACAAAGAAUUUCUUAAGGGAGUUGGCAGAAAACCAUUUCUGAUGGGGUCUAAAAUCACACACCUUGUCCACAAAGGGGUAUAAAUGUUAAAUGGAAUGGCUGGAUGUUGGCCUUUAGAAUUUGCCACAACACUCAGCAAUUGGAAAAGCAAGCUCAGCAAUUGCCAAAGCAUAUUGAGAAUGUUCUUAUAUUACUUCCAUUAGUAAAAGAAUCCCCAUUUUUGCCGAGGAAACAAAUAAGCUAGUUACGAGGGCUGCCCUAGGUAGUCUCUAGGCUUGGGUGGUUUACCGGGGGUUUUUCGGUUUUUAUUUUAAGACCUUUUUUUGGUUUCACUUUCGGAAAAAACGGAAAACCAUCAUUACAUAAUUACAUAUGUCAUCGCCCAGUAAUUUUAUCAAUUUGACCUUAAUUUAUGAUAGCUGACACCCAAACCCAACCUUGUGAUAUUUCAAUUUUAUUUCAAAAUCAACAUCAUCAUCAGACUAACUGGACAUUCUCGUCUUGCUUUGAGUUUCAAGAUGCUAAUAUAUGGAUUGUACAUUGUUUUGCACAUGACAAGUUUGUGAUCCAGGUGAAAUGUAUUUCAAUUGUUGAAUGCUCUCCCACCGUGGGACUUUUCCACAUCAGUGUAGUCACAUGCAUCUCUUCAUCAACAAGUGCCAAUAAAAACAAUGGAAUGACAUUGACACAAUGGAAACAACCAAAUAAUCAAAUCACUGAAAAUCCAACCUUAUAACCUUUAUAAUGAUGCUAUUGCCUAUUUAACAAUUGGACUAUGUGCUCGAGAUUUCUAUGGGGUGGUAGUUGAUGAGGGCGAAGCCCGAAUAUCACCUAAAAUAAAAUUGAGAGCGAGUAAUCUAAUUGUUUUAGUAUAUUCUAUUUCUACGAUACUGAUACUCACAGACUUAAUUACAGUAGCAAGUCAACAUUCGCUAGUGAGACUGCACCAUCAAAUAUACUUCCAUUUUGGGUGUACAUAAAUUUAUUGGAAACAUCAGUAAAAUGAAUCAGUUGCCUGUUUUUGGAAUACCAAUGAAACAAACAGCUAUGUCUACAAUACCCCAACAUCACAGACACCAAAUCCUAACAAACUAGGUGAACAAGUAAGCAUGUUACAGUAAAAUAUCCAAACAGGUAAGGAGUCGGCAACAAACCUUAACUUUUGAUGACAUCAUCAGAACAAUUCCAGAAAGACUGAAGCAGUUAACUCAACAAUAUUGCGAGAAGCAUCAGGAUUUUUAGGAAUGAGCGAGCAGGAGACAAACAUGGUAAAAAUAAAUAAUACAAUGUUUGCUGUGAAGUCGUUUAGCUACCACAACGAAAAAGUGUACAAUGUACAUCAUAAUGGUGAAUUUAUAUAAUUUACCAUCUCAGCAGGGUAACUUUUGAUUCCUAAAAAAGGUGAAAUAUGUCGUGGAACAGAUGGCUCACACGUUCUGGAUCAGUACAUAACAUUCAAAGAAAGAGUUUGCCAGGAUAGCAAAACUAAGAAACGAUUCAAUCUUGAUCUGUUGAAAAUGAAACAUGCACGUCAGAUCACGUGGAAUGCCAGUAAUGUUUUACGUCACUUCCAAGAACCCGAGCACAGGCUACAUGAAGACAGACCAGAUUUGGUUGAAAUUAUUGAAAUAUGCCUUGUUAUGUCAAGAUCUCAGCGAACAUAAAAACUUAUCAAAGAUGUAUAAAAAACCCGGUUUGGUGGAAAAAUUAAUGAAACCCAUUAUAGUAUCAAAAUAAAAGCGACAGGGUAAAUCAAGGAACUUCUAUUUGAGAAGCGAAUGCAUGGGCUAAACGAGUAAACGCCAGCAGAAUGCUUGGGCUAAACGAUUUGCCAGCAGAAUUGAGGACAAAUGGCAGAAAGAGAGCUCAAAAUUAAAAGCUUUCAAGUUAAAAAAAUCACAAGUUACUGUAAAUUCUGGUUUAUAAAACAGUGAUGAGUUGUGAUUAACGAGAAUAGUUUGUGUUUUAAACAUGGAAACUAAAGGUAGCAAUUGAUCGAGAUCUUUAAACUUUAAAGUUAGAACAGUCUUGCCAAGAACGUAUAGAGAAUUGCUAAACUGAAAUCUUUAAGCAUAUGUAACUAAUGCAUAAAUGAAUAUGGUGUAAUGUUUGGUAAAAAUACUCAAUAAACUCAAUAAAAACAUGCUCUCUUUAACAGAUGGCUUUAUGUCAAACUGAUAAAUAACUUUAUUGAAACGUUAAAAUUUGAACAAGACAAAACGUUUUGAUUGCGGGUAAACUUAGCGGGAGAAAUGUUUUGGUAGUAACAGCUGGUUCAAGGCUCGCAAGUGGAAGUAACGGCUGAUUCAGAGAAAAAAAAUGCUUGUUGAAUACUGUAGGUUGAGGCAGUAUAAGAAUUAUCAAUAUCAUCUAUGCUGUACAUGCCAUGUAAAGUACAACACAUUUACUUGUAUCUCGAACUGCAAGUUGAAAAUGUUUCAAUGUAAAAAACUAAUUAAUUUAAUAGUUGAAGAGUUUUGUACAUGGACAAUUGUCGUCUGUCGAGUGUAAAUUUAUGUACUAUUUAAAGCACGCGUAGGAGUGUUUUAUCAUAUUUAAAACGCGAGGCGCAGCCGAGCGUUUUAGAUAUGAUAAAACACGACUACAAGUGCUUUAAAUGGUACUUAAAUUCCGACUACAAAAGAAUACUAAUUAAGAUGAAACGUUGUAUAAACAUACUAAUGAAGAUGAGUUUUAUCACAUAUAAAGCUACGACACGCUUAUGAUUUUUCUUUGUGUUUUCCUCAUGAAUUAUUAAUGAGGAGUUUAAAACAUUUAUUAGACCUAACCAGGAACAGCUGUGAAAAAUACAAUUAUAGGUCCCUGGCAGGAAUCGAACCUACGGCCCAGCGAUUCCGGUGUAGCGCUCUAACCAACUGAGCUACAGUUGAGUCCAGUUGUCGAGCCAUGUUAAGUAAUGGGUAAAUAUCAAGAUCUUAUUGUCAUCUCACUCGAUUGAGUAAUAGUUGAAGGGUUUUGUAGAUGGAAAAUUGUCGAGUGUAAUUUUUAUACAUUUAUUAGACUACAUUUAUUAUACUGUUCCUGCUAGGGACUUAUAUAUAUAGUUUUCCCUGGUUAGGUCUAAUAAAUGUGUAUAAAUUUACACUCGACAAUUUCCUGUCUACAAAACCAUUCAACUAUUACUCAAUCGAGUGAGAUUCCAACAAAAUCGUGAUAUUUACUAAUUAACUCACUAUAUAUAUAUUGUUUAAUCGUAGGUCGUCUUGCUAUUGUUGUCUGUGCUGAUAUUGCAGUAUAUGGUGCAGGCAAUGCUCGACCUUCAGGGGGUGCAGGAGCGGUGGCAAUGCUGAUUGGACCUAAUGCACCUUUGGUUAUGGAAAGAGGUAGCGUAUAUUUAAUAAAAGUUGAAAACAUAUACUGUAGCCUUGUUUAAGGAGGUUUGCUUGGAGAAAAAUGUUGAACAAUGUUGUUGGUUUUUUUAAGCAAGCAUAGGCAUUUGUGUGAGUAGUAAUUAUUGAUACCAUUAUCUCACGGUGCACUGUAUUAGACUGUGAGAUAAUCGUAUCAAUUUCCUCCUGGCAUUCAGUUUUUUGUCAGAGGAAAAGAAACAGUAUGUCAGCUAGUCGAAAUUUAUCAACAAAUUUUAUUUGUUUGAACCAAAUGAUGUUCUGUAUCGUGAAAGUGAGGCACUAACUUUCAAUGCCGUUCACAUCUUGAGAUAUAUUGCAGGCUUUGCAGAUUUCCCUACUAUUAUUUCUAAUACCAUCUGUAAAGCCUGGUUCACAUUGAUCGGCGAUGUUCUACGAUCCAUUGUCUGUGAGCAACGAAGAAGAAAAUGCACAAAACAUUUUAUGCAUCAAUGACCACCGACAAUGGGCAUCGCCGAUGUUUACGAUGAAUGUGAACCAGGCUUUAAGUCAAUCUUUACAGACUCCUCCAGGCGACGAAGAUAUAUAAAUCUGAAUAGAAGUAUUCGAUCAUUUUUACUUUCAGGUAUGCGUUUUGUUCAUUGUGCUCAUGUGUACGACUUUUACAAACCAGACUUAAAUUCAGAAUAUCCAGUCGUGGAUGGUAAACUGUCAGUCAACUGCUAUCUUGGAGCGUUGGAUAAAUGUUAUCAGGGUUAUAAAGCAAAAGUCAAGCAAAAGAGAAAGAUUACUCCUAACGUGAAUAAUUCUGGAGGAGUAUGUUUGGAACAUUUCGACUACAUGGUAUUUCACGUGCCUUUUUCACGAUUAUGCCAGAAAUCUUUGGCCAGGCUGAUGCUAAACGACUUUCUUCAAGAAAUUAAAGCAGAAUGUCCUCCAAUUGAGAAAUACGAAGCUCUUAGCGAUUUCAGGUAAGAAAGUUUGCAUGCACAUGCAGGUAUUGUCCGUAUAUUGCUGCUAUAUCCUAUUACAGCUGUGUAUGUACAGUACAUGAUUGUAUUGUAACUUUUAAAGUAUUUCUGUCAAAUUCUGAACCACUUUAUCUCUGAAAGGGAAGACCCUCGAAUGAAAAAUACCUUACAUAGUGUAUGACCUGUAAUUUCACUUACUGUAUAAUUAUAUAUACUUAAUUUUAUUUUACUUUGUCAAACUUCAGAUGAUUUUAUUCGCGAUGGAAAAGUCUCGGACGCGAAUCAGCUUAUUUCAAAUUACAGAAAUAUACUGUCAAACGUUCGCACGAUUUCCAGACAGACAAAAGAAAUAAACAAUGAAUAACUAUUUGUAUUUGUUCAUGUUUUGCCCCUUUGUGCAUACUGUGAGUUUAAUAUUCGGAUUGUUAAUUGCAGCACAACGUACGAUUGUACACCAUAAACGCUUGGCGUACGCCAAGUGCAUAUAUCUAAGAAAACGAACGAUAAAGUACACUUACUACAGCUUCUUUGUUUUUACCUGAAAAUCCUUCUUUGAUCCGGCGUUAGCUUCAUCAAUUUUCGUUGUCGCUAUCUACAUACAGGGUACAGCCCAUUGGCAAAAUGGAGCCAGAAUCAAAUUAGUUAUUUACACGGUUAGUGUUUUUUGGUAAACUUUUGACUGGAAUUCGCUACUUGCAAUGUAAAGACUCAUCUAUAUUCGUGCUUUGAAUGGUCGGUAAACACUUGAGGCGGCACAUUUUGUAUUUCUUUUAUACUGGAAAUAAAUACAACACAGAACGUGCCGGGUAAAACUAGUCUAGAGAAUUGUACCUCUACAAUGAUGUAACGUACGCUAACUUACUUACUGUAUAGAGCGUACGACCUCGUUCGGCAUUUCUGAUGCGUGCAAUAGGCAAUUCCAGCUUUUAGUUUAUGCAUGCAGGGGAAUAGGGGAUGAUGGGAAGUAAGGUAUCAUAUUGCUGAUUAUGCUGAAAAAAAUAAAAAUGGUGGCCGUGUAAACACGGAGUGAUAGUUUAUACUUGUAAAUAUUGAAAUACUUCGGUUGUUUCGGCAGUUUUUUUGAAAAUUUUUCAGCAUAAUCAGCAAUAUGAUACCUUACUUCCCAUCAUCCCCUGCACGCAUGAACUAAAAGCUGGAAUUGCCUAUUCGUGACAGUUACAGUACCUGACCACUUGCAUUUGCGAAAUCACAAGCGCAUAGAAGAUAUGGAUUUGACUGCUUCUAUUAGCACGCAAUGAAAAUUUAGCAUAGGAACAUUACCUACAACAUGCUGGUAUCUUUUAAUGUAUAUAUUAUACAUAAUUGUUGAAUUUUCCUUUAGGGAUAUUAAUUUAGAGCAGUUGGCGGAUGACCCUGUAUUAGCGAAAGAUGUGGAAAAAGCGUCUUUAAAAUGUAGUCAAGUUGCAUUUGAAAAGAAAACAGAGCCAUCGUUACUCGUGUCGCGAAAUGUUGGCAACAUGUACACACCAUCACUCUAUGCUGCGUUGGCCUCUGUUCUCGUCAG